AUGUUCGAUAAUGGUCGGCUGCCUUAUCUGGUGGAUGCUCAGAUGCACGGAAGACUUGGAAGACCAGUUGCUCUUCUUCGUGACGGCGUGGCCCGAGCUCAACAGGUACACUGGAUCCUGGGACACGGCACCUCUAAAACCAAAGGAUCAGCAGGGUCCUGCAUGCGGGCGUGUUUCUGUGUUCAAGCGAUCUCGUCGGCGCACAGGAUCUGUAGGAGCAGCAAGCAAGCAAAGAGUCGCAUCUGCUCGGCAUCGGCCUCGUGUGGUAGCACGUGCAGGGACGAACUCGAGAAUCGCCUGUCCAAAUUCCGGGAGACAUUGAUUCAGUCAAAUCUGCAAGCUUACAUCAUUCCGACGGACGAUGCGCACAUGUCGGAAGUUCCGCCUGACUGCUUUGCAAGGAGAAGAUUUCUGACAGGCUUCUCAGGCUCUGCGGGAACUGCGCUCGUGUCGCCAACGGAAGCCAUGCUUUGGACAGACGGGAGAUAUUUCAUACAAGCCAAAAUGGAGCUCAGCAGCUCAUGGAAGCUGAUGAAAUCUGGGAUAGAUGGUACUCCUGACUUGGGCGACUGGCUUUUGCAGAAUCUGCGACAAGGAGAUCUCGUGGGGAUUGAUCCAUCCGUGCAUGCUGCUCUGCCGACGCUGGAGCUGCAGAGCAAGCUGCGGAAAGCCGGCAUCGAUUUGCGGUGUGUCGAGGUGAACCUGGUGGAUCAGAUUUGGAAACGCGGUAGAAGUUGGCCCAGCAGCCCAGUAAGACUGCAUCCUCAGGCUGUAGCGGGUGCCUCUGCGUCGGAGAAACUGAAAGGUGUCAGGCAAAAGAUGGCCGAACAGGGGGCAGAUGUCGUUCUCGUGACGGCAUUAGAUGAAGUAGCGUAUUUGUUCAAUAUUCGAGGAGGGGAUGUUCGCCACACUCCGGUUGUUUUGGCCUUUGCCCUUGUUGACAUGGAGGGGGCUUCUAUCUUCGUUGAUGACGGCAAGGUGACAAGAGAGGUUCGAAAGUAUUUGGAAGACUUGCGGGUCGAAGUGAAUCCCUAUGCAUCCUUUGGCCAAGCUGUGAGUGAACGAGUGCAAUCUGGCCAGCGAGUGUGGAUGGACACCAAGCGCUCCAACUAUUCGUUGUUCUUGGCCAGUGGACAGGAAGGACCAGCAGUGACAAAGAGAUCCCCUGUUGCAGAAAUGCAGGCCUGCAAGAAUCAAGCGGAGAUUAAGGGCAUGGUGGAGGCCCAUCGUCGUGACGGCGCUGCAUUGUGCUGUGCCUUUGCGCAACUUGAAGCUAUGCUGAAGCGUGGGGAAGUUGUGACGGAGAUUGAUGUUGACAGAGUUGUGACCGCGUCGCGUGCUGCAGUGCCUGGCUUCCUGGAGAGAUCCUUCGAUACCAUUGCCGGCUAUGGGCCGAAUGCUGCAAUUAUCCAUUAUGUAGCGCAGGCAGAGUCUGCAGCAACUGUCGGUACCGACUCCAUGCUACUGCUGGACUCUGGUGCACAGUACCACGACGGCACGACGGAUGUGACACGAACUUUGAAAUUUGGCUUGCCGACCAGCCGAGAGCGCGAGUUGUUCACCCGCGUUCUCAAAGCACACAUCGGCCUUGCAACGGCAACAUUCCCUGCUGACGUUCCGUGCUUUGUACUGGAUGCAUAUGCGACCGGCCUGGAUCGAUCAGAAGCUGCACUGGUGCUAGCUGCUAGCAUUCAAGCGAUCCAGCUGCCAAGGUGGCAGCUGAUUACCGCCAUGGCACCGGGCACGGGGUGGGAGCGGAGUCUGGAACCCGUGCUUUUUGCUGUGAUGCUCUUGGCUGGGCAGAGGGGAUCGCUGCAGGUCGGGACCGCCAUCGUGAUCCAUGCUGGCAAUAUGAUCACGGCAGAAAAACAUGCAGCCAUGGAAGAGGCAGAAGGAUUCCACGAAGAUGUGACAGGAGUCACUUUCCAGGUUUUCGUAGAAGUCGUUGUUGGAUCCCUGCUAGCGCUGUGGGGCGGCAUUGGGGAUUUCAAGCCAAUUCGAGCAAGCGAUCCCAAGAAGCCGCGAUGGGAGUCCCUUCAUGCCCGUCCAGACUUUCAUAGCUACAGAACUCGCGCCAAGUUCAUGAGGUCAUUGCUCACAAACAUCGAGUCACCGCCGUGA